AUGUUUGCUAGCGAACAGUGGACGAAAAGUAAAUGGGUUGAAGAACGUAAGGGUGCAAGAGCGAAUGACAUUGUUUUUACCCCAACGUUCCGGAACAAUGUCCUAUUCACUCUGAAAAUCAUGGGUCCUCUUGUUCAAGUGCUUAGAAUCGUCGACAACGAGAAAAAACCCGCGAUGAGUUAUGUGUACGAAGUUAUGGAACGAGCAAAAACUGCAGUUGUAGUAGCUUUAGGAGAAGAUAACGAAGAUUACAGUGUUGUGUCGGGGAUUAUUAACAAGAGAUGGAACAACCAACUUCGCCAUCCUUUGCACGCAUCAUGUUACUAUCUUAACCCAGAGUUUUAUUGCUACAAUGAGGACAUUGAAAGGGAUAAAGAAGUGUCCCUUGCACUACAUGAAUCGAAGCGACAACGUGGUAAAAUAGCACCUGUUGAAUGGUGCAAGUUGUAUGGGAAAGACACUCCAAAUUUGCAACAACUAGCUAUUAGAAUCCAUUCAAAGAAGAGGAAUCGUCUAGAGCAUCAAAAUCUGCAUGAUCUCAUGUAUGUUAAAUACAUUAACAUGCUAAAGAAUAGACGCGAUGUGGAUACGGCAUAUAAUCCCAUAUCAUUGAGUGAUAUUGAUGAUAGCAAUGAUUGGUUAGUAGGAAAGAUAGGUGAAGAUAUAGUUUUUAAUGAUGAUGGAGAUUUGGUUUGGGGUGUUGUAGGAGAAGUGAGCGGAGCAGGGGUGCGUACACACAAUACAAGAUCUUCACGGCCAUCUGCUUCACAGUCGUCUGCUUCGAGGGCAUCUGCUUCAAGGUCGUCUGCUUCAAGGCGUUCUACUUCAAGGCCUUCUAGUUCAAGAACAUUGGUUGAUGAAGAUUCCGAAGAAGAACAAGAGGAAGAACAAGUGAUUGCUUCUAAUGCUGCUGGAAAAGACAAGGCAAUUGUUGUGGAUGAUGACUCCGACUCCGAUUAUUUUUAA